GAUGAAGAACCACUAAAGACAAUUUCAGAUAUUGGACUUAUCCUCUCAGUCAGUUGCUUAAUCAUUUGUGUCAUGACAUUUUGGUUGUGCAAGUCGAUUCAGAAUGCAGGCACAACACUACUCCUUAACCUUUGCUUAUGCCUUCUCGUUGGAGAUCUUCUUUUCCUUUUUGGCAUCUCCCAGGUCGAGAAUAAGAUGCUGUGUAAAGUCAUUGCAGGGUUUCUGCAUUACCUCUUCUUGGCCUGCUUUGCCUGGAUGUGUCUCGGUGCACUGCAGCUACAUCUUAUGGUACAAAAUAUGAAGAUGGUCAAAGCUUUCCGAACACACGUCAUCCGAAGACGAUACAUGUAUCCUGUGGGCUAUGGAGCACCUGCUGUAAUUGUGGCAAUUUCUGCAUCUGUCUUCCCAGAUGGAUAUGGAACAGACAAAGUGUAAGCUGACCUGGCAUUCAGUAUUAUUUAUGGGUUGGCUUGGAGCAUUUUGAGUAGCUUGCUAGCUGGGAAACAAAUACACCAUUAA